UUUCAGCAGGGGGAGAGAGUCUCUCGGCAAGGACCCGAACACUGUUGGACUUUGGAUUGCUUUAGACCAGGAUAUUGAUAUCGAACAUUUUUAUUUCUAUAUCCGAAUUUGGCGCUUUUUCUGCUCAAUUUUGGGACAUUUUGUUGAGUUCCAUAACAUUGCGUAGCUGGUGCAUGUGCAUUUUAAAGCGCAUCUACCCCCUAAAGCCGUGCCAAUGCCGAGGAAUGGAUAGUGUGUCUGAUAAAUUUGGAAAGAUGGUCGAGAGUGAUGAGCAGUCGGAGAGGGAUAGUGGCGGUGGCGCAGCGAUGGCCGCGCUACACCAAUGCGAACUCAUCCAGAACAUGAUUGAAAUCUCCAUCUCCAGUUUACAGGGGCUCCGGACCAAAUGCGCCGCGUCCAAUGACCUCACACAGCAAGAGAUACGUACUUUAGAGGUAAAGCUGAUGAAGUACAUCUGUAAGCAGCUGCAGUGUAAGCAGAAAGUGCCAGAGACAGAGAGGCCUCAGGCCUUGGACAGUUACCCACGGCUGGGGGACUGGCUGCGCACCAUCAACCUGAGACCUGAGCUCAUUGAGGCAGUGCCCUUGAAACUGUCCCUGGAUGCCUUGCUGCAGAUGCCAGGUUCUCAGGUGCAGGAGACUGUGAGGAGACUGGGCUCCACUUCAGAGGAGUGUGCCAGGCUCACCGCUGCCCUCUCCUGCCUGAAGAGUGCCACUGAAUCAGAUGGGGAGCUGAGAGAGGAUGGAGGACUCUGGUUCUCUGAGCCCACCCGGCGAGACAGUGGCUCUCUGCUGCUGCCUGCCGACCAGCUGAUGGGGGGGAUGGGGGGUCCGAUGCGCCCCCAUAGCCCCUCUCCCUUAGCCCGGCCCCCCACCACCCCAUCCACUCCCCCCACCCCCUGCACCGCCUGUGCCCAAACCCGGUUCGGCUCCGUGUCUGCAAUGCCCGGUCCCGAGGCCCAUGGGGCGUACAUUUACGCUGACAGCCCCUUCACAGACCCCUUCCCCCUCUCCGCUGCCCAUCAGGGGCGACUCUAUGGCCACACCUCCACCCCGCCCAUCACCCCGCCCUCCAAGAGGCGCCACAGGCUGAAGCCCCCAUGCACCCCGCCGCCGCCCUCCCGCAAGGUGAUGCACCUCCUGCCCAACAUCACCCUGACCCGCAGCAAGAGUCACGAGUCCCAGCUGGGGAACCGCAUCGAGGAGCCGCCCACCAACAAGUGUGCAAAGCAGAAUAAGUUGUUCCUCAAUGUUCAGAUCAAUGGGAAUGGCUGUGAGGACUCACCCUCCCGUUCCCCCCACCUGUCUGCCCGCACUCCCGGUGCUUCAACCCCUGCCCCCGCCACUGCCCCCUACACCCUACCUGGCACCCCUACCCUGAUGGAGGAGCAUUCAUCCCACCUCAAGAAUAACAUGGGGUUACGCCGCGGUUCCCCGCAGGCAGUGAGGAGAGACAUAGGCCUGGCCGUCACCCACAGGUUUUCCACCAAGUCGUGGCUGUCCCAGACGUGUCAGGUGUGUCAGAAGAACAUGAUGUUUGGGGUGAAGUGUAAACACUGCAGGUUAAAGUGCCAUAAUAAGUGUACUAAAGAAUCUCCCUCCUGCAGAAUCUCCUUUCUGCCAAGUAAGCCUUCCACACCACACAUUUUCGCAGUCACCAAAAUCCGGAGGACUGAGUCUGUGCCGUCUGACAUCAACAACCCUGUGGACCGGCCUUUGGAAGCACCGCAGUUUGGCACACUACCAAAGGCCAUCACCAAAAAGGAUCACCCUCCUGUGCUGAACCAGUUGGACUCCAGCAGUAACCCGUCCUCCACCACCUCCUCCACACCCUCCUCCCCUGCCCCCUUCCAGAACCCUCCCAGUGCCACCCCGCCCCCCAACCCCUCGCCCAAGGUCCACCGGGAAAACCGCUUCCACUUCCCAGCUGCCUGCUACUUUCAGCAUAGACAGCAGUUUAUCUUCCCUGAUGUGUCCAGUUCCACUACUUUGCACUCUGAAGCCCUCCAAGACACAAUUGAGACUGAACCAGCAGAUGACAUGCACGCUGAACUGGCUGAGGAUGAGGAUGGAGAGGAGGAAGAGGAGGAGGAGGAGGUUGAACCUGAGAUAGACCCAGAUCCAGUAGAGGAGGAGGAGGAGGAGGAUGAUGAGGAAGAUGACGAUGACGAUGGGAGUGGGAUGAAUGGUGGUUCGGACGGUGAGUGUGAUGGUGAUGAGUUGGAUGACCUGCCCAGUUCACGGGGUGGUCGCUGGAAAGGCCCCAUCUCCCGUAAGGCCAGCCAGACCAGCGUCUACCUGCAGGAGUGGGACAUUCCCUUCGAACAGCUGGACCUGGGAGAGCUCAUUGGGAAGGGCCGUUGGGGAAAGGUGCAUAAGGGGCGUUGGCAUGGCGAGGUGGCUAUCCGGCUGCUGGAGAUAGAUGGGAACAACCAGGACCACCUGAAGCUGUUUAAGAAGGAGGUGAUGAACUACAGACAGACCCGUCACGAGAACGUGGUCCUCUUCAUGGGGGCCUGCAUGGCCCCGCCCCACCUCGCCAUCAUCACCAGUUUCUGUAAAGGGAGGACACUAUACUCUGUGGUUCGGGACACCAAAAACACACUGGAUAUAAACAAGACGAGGCAAAUCGCUCAAGAAAUUGUAAAGGGAAUGGGCUACCUGCAUGCCAAAGGCAUUGUCCACAAGGACUUGAAGUCAAAGAACGUCUUUCAUGACACCAAUAAAGUGAUUAUUACAGACUUCGGCCUGUUUGGGAUCUCUGGAGUGGUUCAGGAGGGGAGGCGAGACAACGAGCUGAAGCUUCCACAUGGCUGGAUCUGUUACCUGGCGCCAGAAAUCGUACGCAGGAUGAGCCCUGGAAACAACGAGGACCGCCUGCCCUUCUCCAACGCUGCAGACGUCUAUGCCUUUGGCACCAUUUGGUACGAGCUCCAAGCCAGGGACUGGCCUAUCAUCAACCAGCCUGUGGAGGCUACCAUCUGGCAGGUGGGGAGCGGUGAGGGCAUCAAGAAGGUCCUGGCAGAGAUCAACCUGGGCAAGGAGGUCACGGAAAUCCUGUCUGCCUGCUGGGCCUACGACCUGAGGGAGCGGCCCACCUUCACCCAACUGGCAGACAUGCUGGAGAAGCUGCCCAAACUCAACCGGAGACUGUCCCACCCUGGACACUUCUGGAAGUCUGCAGAGAUGUGACUGUUGUAGCCGUCACUAUGAAAUAUAAGCAAUGCAAAACAAACAAAGCCUGGGUCUGCCUUGCAUGCUCCUGAAAUCCUUAACUUUUAGGAUUGAUCAAAGCAUUGACUCUGCCUGAUACAGACACGGCUUCCACUAACCCACAGCCUGAUCUUCCAUGUCUAUUAAACUGUAGUGUCUGGUUGUGUGGGAGAGAAGGGUGCUGGACUGAGGAGGCUGCGGGUAGUGCUUCGCUACCUCCCCUCAACUUUCCUUCCUUCGUCUCAAAACAUAUUGCCUUCAUUUUUUUCUACUGUUGCUUUUUGGACUAUCUGAGGCUUGUGAAUAACUGGCUUGUGGUGUCUGUUCUGAGACUGACCGGUGUGCUCUGGUAUGAGCCCGGUAGCUGACGGCUGCUCUGCUGUGCUCUGCUCCAUCUGCAGCCUGCCCUGCUCUCCCUCCUCUCUGUGCUGCUGUGAUAUGGUUCUUCCUACUGGGGGCUCCCAGACGAUGCAACCCAGACACUUGCUGGACCAAAACAAUGUUUGUGACUCUUAUCCUAAAUGGACCACUGCAUUCACUCCCUCCUCUUUUCUCAUUGUGGUCUUGAAGCUUCGGGCUGCUUGAGUGAUGUAAUCCAACUGCCUCUUGACUCUUACCCUUCAGCUCUCUGCAGUUUUUUGAUGACAUGCACUGCGACACUGUCACCGUGCUGCCCUCUGUCUGCCUCCUGCACAUGACCUGUUCACAUUAUUUCAACAGGAGAAAAAAUGAUAAGAUACAAACUUUUACUUUUAGUUGUUGGUUCCUAUUUUGAGUAAUAAUAUUCAGUGUUUAUGUUUUUGUUCCAUGAAGUUUGAAAGGUCUCAGGAGUUGCGAGAGCAUGAUUGAAUUGACUCAUGUCUCUGUGUUGCUUGUCUGAGUAGAAUCUGAUGAAACCAUACAUUUGAAAACAGCUCAUUGCAUAAAUGAAGGAUAAAUCUGUUGAAACCACAGCUAAGAGGUGUCAGCAUGCAAUGUGAUCUUCCUCUCAUCUCACUACACACUGGGAAUGGAAUCAUGUUGGUUAUUUAGGACUGAAGGUAUUUGAUAAUGAAGUGAGUGCUCUGAUUAUUAAAAUGCAUAAGAGGGAGCCACAGAGAAGCAGGGAUGCCUUCUCUCAGCCUGGGAGCGCUGUAGAGAGGUAUAUCAAGUCAAGUAGUAUAGUAGAUGAAUUUACAGCACCCAAAAAAUAGAACAGGAACCUGGCACAAGUGUCGUAUAAUUUACUCCUUAAACAUGAUCACAUGUGCUUGUGUGUAUUCCGUUAGUGAUGGUCAGCUUCAGUUGGUGUGCUUGUAUUAGUGUGUUUGUGAGUGUAAGUGAGUGUAUUGUAUUGGAACAUAUAGGGUUGAUUUAGUGAAAGACUGCAGUAAAUGUAUUGAUGAUAUCAAUGGUAUGUAAGAUAUACAUUAUUUAAUGUACAGCUAAUUAACUUUUAAUAUUUGUACAAACAUUUUAUAUGUACAAUACAUCGCAUUUUGAAAUAGGUACUGCUCCCCUAUUACAGAUGUAUAUAUCUUUAUAUUUUUUCAUGUACAAAUACUGUAAAAAUACUGUACAUUUCUUUUUGAAUGGGUCAAUUCAUGUUUUUUAUGUCAUGUAAAAAUUCAUAUUUUUGUAUUGCAUGUGGUUACCAUUCUGUGAACACAGUUUCUGUUUUCAUCCUUGAAAAAAUAAAAUGAAGCUUAUGUCAUAA